AAUAAUCUGUGGUUUCGAUUACUCCGUGAUUGAGAGAGAAAUCGGAGAUUUGAUUCUUUUGACAAUUCCCAAUAUUUCAAUUUCCAGUUUUCACAACAUUUUCUCACGAAUUUCAAGUCCACCUUGAACAUUUGUGCCGGUCACCUCUCGAUUUCUGCCACCAUGCCUGUCUGUUCAACAAUAUUUUCGAUUUGGGAAUGAAAUUGGAGCCAUCAUAAUACAAUAGGGAAAAGGGCACUAUGCCAAAGUGCGAUGUGAAAACCCGAUAUAUACCGGCUACUUUUGCUUGGGCUUUACUUUUAUCAGCAACUGGCUUAUUCUUUUACUAUCCGGCAAGAUAUUACCUACCAGAUUACCCAUGGGUUCCUGUAUAUCAAGGAGUUCUUACAUUCUUCGUUAUUACCAAUCUUUCCUUAGCCACAUUUAUGGAUCCAGGAGUUAUACCGAAAGCUCCGCCAGAUGAAGAUAGAGAGGAUGAUUUUAGAGCUCCUUUAUUUAAAAGUGUAGACAUACAUGGAAUCACUGUUCGGAUGAAAUGGUGUGUGACAUGUAAAUUUUAUCGACCACCAAGAUGUUCUCAUUGUAGUGUUUGUGAUCAUUGUAUAGAGACAUUUGACCAUCAUUGUCCAUGGGUAAACAAUUGUAUUGGAAGGAGGAACUACCGUUUCUUCUUUUUCUUCUUGAUGUCACUGAGUUUGCAUAUGAUAAGCAUAUUCAGCUUGAGUCUGAUCUACAUUUUACAUUACACAAAAAGUUAUUCGAAUGUGGAACCAAUUGUGGCUAUUGGUUUGAUGGCGUUGAUAUCUAUAUUAGCCAUUCCAAUUUUCGGUUUAACUGGUUUUCACAUGAUGCUAGUAUCGAGAGGUAGAACAACAAACGAACAAGUAACUGGAAAAUUCAAAGUUGGGUAUAAUCCUUUCUCGAGAGGAUGUUGGGACAACUGUUGCUAUGCCCAAUGUGGACCACAAUUCCCAAGCUUGAAAAAUCCGAAAAAAUACACUGUCAAACCCAAACAUUGCUCUCAUGGUCCAAUUUCAACGAUAACGAACGAUAGCCAAGUGAAGACAUACAUGGACAACAGCAAUGGUGUACGUAACCUUAAUUCACAUGCUUAUAAUAAAACUUUCUUGCAGCUUUCUCCCGGAAGAGAUGGUUGCGAUCUCGAAAUGGAACCGUCCGCGUCGCAGUCUCAAGAUUGCGAACCGACGCCUCCCCUACAACGUCACGGUUCCAAGAACAAUUUCUUCCUACCUCAGGGUGCUGUGCAAGAUGGAGGUGGUGAUUCGCCUCGUCAUCCUAGACCAAAUAUACAUUACCCAAGGAGCAGCCCUCACCCUAGGCCCCGUGGUCUUGAUCCUUCAGUUCGGGGAACCACUCCGGAUGGUCCGCAGAGACCUUCGCCCACGCUGCAGCAGAGGAUAAAGGCUCAAGGUGUGCCUACUCCUUUGGCAAUGUCUAGUCCAGUAAGAAGGUCGAAUCCGAGCACCCCCACCCAGCCUAGAAGGCCAGAUUUUAUUGGUAUAGCGGCCAAUCAUCACCAGCCGCCGCAAUACUACGACUAUCAACAGUCCCAAAACACGCAUCACGCACACAGGCCAAUUAUGGCCGGAAGCCAGAACUACGGAAGCCCUCAGCGUAGGUUUAUGUCUGAGGGCGAACUGGUAAGACAGGAGGCGCAGCUGUCUUAUCCCAGGUCGAACAACACGGUGGACAACAUCAGGGAAUUGGCGAAUUCCCCUCAGAGGGGAGUGUAUAUGUGGAAAGAUACAUCCCCGGGUUAUCCGCCCCCCCAACACACUGAAUUCUAUAGGUCGAAUCCUACUAGUCCAACACAACAAGUGUACACAACUGCUCCAACCCGAGCUUAUCAUCCAGCAUCAAGAGGUGGAGUACCCGUAUAUCCUCCAGCUAGUCCGCAAAUUCAUCGAAAAAUGCAACAGAUGGGGAAUGUCCCCUCCGCUGUUCAGCAGCAGCAAGACAACCGUCGUAGACCCAUAUCAUUCGUCCGCGCCCUCGAGAUGACAGAUGGCGUUGAACUCUCCCAAUCCGGAGGCCAAUGCUCCGCCCACCUACCCUCUCAACGGCCGUCUACGCCGGAACGUACUAGCGUCUACGACAUGAACUAUGAAAUCUCUGUAUAGGACAGGUGCCGGCACUCACACCGAUGUGAUUGAGUGCGUUUAAAAAGUUCCUCUGCAUCAGAGGACAGAACCAGUGUGCCCCGAAGCUGUGAACUCAUCUUCCCCUAUUGUAAAGAUGAAUAAAAAAAGCCUGACCCCCCUCCUCGAAAGUUGUCUUUCACAUGUCCCUCUAUGUGCGUAGGUGAUAAAUAGGUUGGUGUCUGAGUUGAUAAGAGAAAUUUUGAAAUGGGCUCGUUUUCGAUGAAAUGGUAUAAAAAAUUAUGGCAUUUUGAUCGAUCAAUCCCAAGUUUUUACCCCAGCCUUCAGUUCGGACUAGUGGAUAUGUGAAAUUGCAUUUAUUUGUUACAUCAUAACUCUGAUACUAUCACUAAAGCUUUUUCAAAUAAUUUUACAGAAUGUUGAUAUCGAGUUGGUGGUUUUUCCAAAUUAAUGGGGAUAUUUUGCAGCAAAUUGUCUCUUUAGCGAUCCUGGAAUUUAUUUCAAACGUGAGUUACAACUUCCCUAAAAACCUUUGAAAUUAAUUUAUCAUUUAUUCUUAACCUGUUUCUUUGUAGGUCGCAAAACUGUACAGCAACGAGUUUUUUUAUUUAUUAUUAAAAGUUAUAAUUCUCAUUUUGAUCUUUAUCUAUUAUCAUAAUAAGUUUUGUCAGAUGAACAAAUUUUGGUUAAUAUAUGACCAUUUUUUUAGUAUGAAAUAAGAUCAUAAAUUAACACUGAUAUUCGUAGAAGAACAGAUAGAAAUAGAUGAUUCUAUUUAUUGAUCUAUCUGUUCUCUUUUGGCAGUUUGAAUUUUUUACUCUUUCAAUUCCUUAGAUUCACCUCUGUUUUGCGACUUCUUUCAUGACAAAAAGUCAGAACGGCUGUGUAAGGAUCGGUGAAGGAAUGCGAUGAAAUCAGAUCCGAUGAAUCGGUUCUUAAUUUUUUUGAAACGUACUAAGUGUAGUAUCAGUGUGGUUGAUAAAUUUGAUUUAACACUAUACUAAAAACUUUUUCAGUAUUAAUAGGGUGAUAAUAAUUAUAAUAACAAUAACAAUAAUUUCUUGGAUACAAUGAGACUGCAGGAAUUUUAAACAUUUUCCGUUUUAUGAAGUUAAGUUACUGAACUUAAAUUGAAUAUUCAAUUAUUUUUUUGGUACCGAUGUGUGUUUUAAAUAUAUUAUUUUGUGGUAUGAGUUUGAUAUUGAUUAUAUUGAAGUUUUUAUUGCUCAAUAAUAAACAUUGCUGAAGUUCAAAUAUCAAGUUCAACACAACAAAUUUUCUGAUUGAACAUUCAUUUAUUUGGAAUGAGCAAAUUCGAAGUUGCUUAAAAAAAUUACUAUGCGAGGGGUUUAAAUAUUGCGAUGAAUUGAAAUAUACCGUUUCAUUGAAGAUACCUUUCAUCUUUCUCACUUGGCCAAUUUUUGCUCAGAACUAACUUAGACUGUUCUGAUGACUGUAAAUAAAUCUUUAUCAAAUGAGCAAAAAGUUUACCCCAUUAUUAUCGCAUCGGAUAGAGGAAAUAUUCUGUGUAACACUAUCUCAUCCGCUUCACCCAAAAUCAGUUUUGAAUUGCUACUUGUCCACUAUUUGUAAUCUUACUUUUUUUUCAAUUGACUUCUCAUUCUAAUUUUUUUAUAUUAUAUUUCAUUUGCUUCUCUCCUAUUUGAGGAAAUUAGGCUUAAGUGAAAUAUUUAUUUCAUAUAUUAUUCAUUUCGUCUUGCAGCAUUCUCCUGGAACUAUUGACAUGGUUAGUGAAAGAUUAGAUCAUAAAUAUUUAUGAAAUCCAUAUAUAUGUAUUGAAAUAUUUUUAUAUUUAUUACUUCUUCUUGAAGGUUAUGAUAGUUUCAGGUUAAAGUGUAUUAGCUCCACAUAUCUUUUUUAUUGAAAGGUUUUAGAUGAGCUUACAAUUAUGUAUGAGUUUUUUCUUCACAGCACUAAAGUCAUUGUUCAUCAUAAAUCUAGUCAGUGUAGAUGUUUGAAAUUUAAAAUAAAAAUAAAACUCCUUAAGACAUCUAUUCACAAGUUUAUGGAACAAUAUUAAUUCUAUAAAUUAUAAUAAUCUAUAUUCAUUUUAUCAUUUUGAACUCGUGUCUUCCAUUCCUUCAAACAGUAAUUUUGUUCCACUUUUAUUGUAACUUAAUGGUGUAUCACUUCAAUGUAUUCAAUUUUCACUAGAGAAUUUAUGCAAAUAAUAUUUUAAUUCUGUAAAUAUGUAAGUAUAUUCCUCUUUUUUAUUUAGGGGUGCUCUUUGCUGAUAGUGAUAAUAUAAACAGUUGGAGAAAUUACUGUCAAACCUAUCGAAGAUUUAGAUAUUAUGGAGAUUAAAUAUAAUUCCUUAUUUCGGAGAGGUUAAUCAAUCACAGAGUUGUUUUUGAACAAUUGCAAUGCGGAUAAUGUAUUUUCGAAUUGUUAAUUUAUUUUUAUAUGUGAUGCCGAGCAGGGUAGUCAUCAUGAUUUGUUUCAAACUUGACCUUACAUAGUCGGCAUUUUGUUUACAAAGGUUAUGUUUUAUGUAUAAUUGUUUCUUGUUGAUUUUUGAACUAUUCUUAUUGAUCAAAUUUAAUCAUACUAACAAUGUGGCUCAGGCAUUUUAUAUAAUAAAUUUUUAUUAUGUGUAUUAUCCAUAACUGAGUUGGUGUAAAUAUAUUAAUAAUUUAGUAUAAAA